CGAAUCCUCCCGACGGAAAUCCAGACUUCGAAGCCGAUAAGUGUUCAAACUACAGAGGUUGGAUUUCCCAAUUCGCCGUCGGGACAGAAACCCAGAAGGAAAAAUUCAAAAUUGAAGGAGAACGGUGCCAUAGAGAAUUGUUUCGAGUGUUUGAGCUAUCUGAUUGCUCUAAUUUUUCAUGAAUUUUGCAAUACGAACCCAUACCGGAAAAGGAUCGGAAUCGUGAUCACGGAACCAGAGUUUUCGAUGCAUGUAUUAAAGAAUUAGAGAUUUGAGGUUAGAUGAUAAUUGGGGUUUCACAAAAAUUUGAGUGGUUGAUAGUAGGUUUGAACCAAUGAAUGUGGUUGGCAAAGUUGGGAGCCUAAUUUCCCAAGGUGUUUACUCUGUUGCCACCCCUUUUCAUCCGUUUGGCGGGGCUGUUGAUGUCAUUGUGGUUCAGCAGCAGGAUGGGACGUUUCGGAGCACGCCUUGGUAUGUCCGGUUUGGUAAAUUUCAGGGUGUUCUCAAAGGUGCGGAGAAGAUGGUCCGCAUCAAUGUAAAUGGCACAGAUGCCAAUUUCCAUAUGUAUCUUGAUAACUCGGGUGAGGCUUAUUUUAUACAGGAGGUUGAAUCGGGUAAAGUAAGUGAGAUAAAUGGGGUUGUCAAGGAUUCUGAAAAUUCAGAAGCUACACAAGGGGAUAAUACUUUCGAUGGUGAUGGCCAAAGUCAUGACAUUCGUAGACUUGAGCACAGUUUCUCUGAUUCUGUGGUGGUUGAAAUGAGAGAGGAACACAAUUCGUUUGGCGCAACACGGAUGGAGAGGGCAGAAUCUGAUGUUGAUCGGAGGUUCUAUGAAUUUCAAGAUGAGCAAUCUUCUCUAGAGGGUUCUGUUGAGUUAUCGGGGUAUGGGUCUAGUCGAUACAAUAAUCUAGACAGUGAGCGUAUUGUGGAAUCACAGAAUUUAAACUCGGAAGUUAUAUUGGUGAGUGUAGAUGGUCAUGUAUUGACAGCUCCCAUCUCAGCAUCAGAACAGACCGCAGAGAAUGUGGAAUUAGACACACCUCGAUUCAAUCUGGGUCCAGGUGAAGAGACGGACUUCUGUGAAGGCACCGAGGAGUUUAGUUCAGGUGAAACUGCUUGGGCUGCUGAUUAUAUCAGUAAGCUGAAUGCAUCUACAGCUAGUGUUGCUUCUGGGAAUGUCAGCAGCGUCCAGAAGGAUGAUAAUGUUAUUGGACAUCAGUUGGAAGUUGAUGAAAGAGAAGGGGAAUGCGCAUGUCAAGCUCAAGAAACACAAAAGACUUCAACACAGGAAAGAGAUCUUCAGAUGCAUAGCAAUUCAGAAGACACAUCUGCUAACAAGGAAGAUGUUUUCAAGUGCUGUUUGGAGCUAGAAGAAAAGGCCAAACAUGAAGUGAAAGGUGUUGUUGAAAAUAUGGGGUCCUCAUUGGAGGUUCAAAGUUCACCAGAAACAUCUCAUGAGACUCUUCCGGUGGUUGAUAGAACUGAAGAUGCUACUGUUGACUUGAGAAAUAACGAUGAGGUAUCUGCAUCUUCUGGUUCUGUUUCACCCGACAACAAUAUGCCUCCACACUUGGAAGUUGAAAAUGAAUCAAUUGAGAAGAUUGUGUGUUCUGCAGAACAAAUGAGUAUUAACAGCAUUUCUGUACAUUCUGUCAGUAAUGAUCCAGACUGGAAGGAUGGACAGUGUGCUACAUCAGCAGUGGUUGAUGGGACAGAAAUUAAUCAACAAAGACCUGAAAGUGUAGAUGAAUGCAGUAAAAGUGAGCUAAUAGAACCCCCAACAGAAUCUUCAAGCGAAGAAACACAAAAUGAGCUAAUAGAACCCCCACCAGAAUUGUCAAGUGAAGAAAUACAAGUCCAUUCAAGCAUAAGGUUUGAGAUUUCUCUCUGUGCGAAUGAACUUCGUCCAGGUAUGGGGGUGAAAGCUGCUGCUGAAACCUUUGCUGCACAUCGUGUAUCUGCAGAGGAUUUUAUAACUUCUGCAACAUCAAUUUUGAAAAAUGAAAAUCUGAUUGUCAGAUAUAGGGAAAGAUACUUUUCGUGGGAAAAAGCAGCUCCUGCUGUUCUUGGAAUGGCUGCUUUUAAUCUAGAUUUAUCUGUUGAGCCCGAGGAUGCAAUUCCUGUCGAACAAGAUGGCUCAGAAAAACCAAGGAAUGAGGAUCCUGGAACACCCUCCACUCCUUCUGGACGCAGAUGGAGGCUCUGGCCCAUUCCAUUUAGGAGGGUCAAAACACUUGAGCACACCGACAGUAAUUCAUCAAAUGAGGAUGAAUUUGUUGAUUCUGAAUCUGGUCUGCAGAACUCACAAGUUGAAACGGUUCCUGAGUCCCCUCAGAAGCAAUUUGUAAGGACAAAUGUUCCCACCACGGAGCAGAUAGCAUCUUUAAAUCUCAAAGAAGGUCAAAAUAUGAUAACUUUCAGUUUCUCUACAAGGGUUUGGGGGACACAACAGGUUGAUGCACAUAUAUACUUGUGGAAAUGGAAUGCCAGAAUUGUAAUUUCUGAUGUUGAUGGAACUAUUACCAAAUCGGAUGUGUUAGGUCAGUUCAUGCCAUUAGUUGGAAAGGAUUGGACGCAUACUGGUGUGUCUAGACUUUUCUCUGCGAUUAAGGAAAAUGGAUAUCAGCUACUGUUUUUGAGUGCACGUGCAAUCGUACAGGCAUAUCUAACGAGAAGCUUUUUACUCAACCUAAAACAGGAUGGAAAAGCUUUACCCAAUGGACCUGUUGUUAUCUCACCUGAUGGAUUAUUUCCUUCAUUGUUUCGUGAAGUUGUAAGAAGAGCACCACAUGAAUUCAAAAUUGCCUGUUUAGAGGACAUUAAAAAACUCUUCCCCGCCGAUUACAAUCCAUUCUAUGCAGGAUUUGGAAAUAGAGACACGGAUGAGCUCAGCUACAGGAAAAUUGGGAUUCCAAAGGGCAAAAUAUUCAUAAUCAAUCCCAAGGGUGAGGUGGCCAUCAGCCAUCAUCCCGUUGAUGUGAAGACGUACACAUCUCUGCACACUCUUGUCAACGACAUGUUUCCUCCAACUUCACUGGUUGAGCAGGAAGACUUCAACUCGUGGAACUACUGGAAAGUGCCAUUGCCGGAAAUUGACUGAUGGAUGUCACUUGCAGAAAAGCAACUCCCCUUUGGCCAAACACGGCGGUGUUGGUGGCUUCGAGGACUAGCUAUAGAUGAAGUAGAGAGAACAAUACUCCACAUUGUUGCUGAUCAUCUGCAUUCUAUGCACAUAAUAGAACUGGUGAUUACUCUUUUUUGGUCAGUUGUAUUAUCAGUGUAAUAUCCAAGCCAUUGACAUUGUACUAGAAUUUCCGAAUUUUGAUAGGAAAGAAAAUAAAGCUCUCUUAAAGAAUAAAAGUUCUUGUCACACUUGCCCCUCC